AUGGGACAACAUAUCAAAGUCGAAACUACAUCAAUAGCUUCCGAGGCAAUUACCAAAUUGAUUAAUUUACCAAAUCAAGAUAGAGAGUUGAAUAGUAGAGAAUCGCCUCGCGUAAACAUCUUCAAGAAAAUAUCAAACCAAACCAACGAUUCAGCAUUUGACACUGUCAGACUUGAAGUCCUUAAAGAAGAAUCAGAUCUUAGAAUUAAAAGGCAGAAAAUAUUAAAUGAACAAGAUGCUGUGAUUUAUGAGUGA